AUGACAAUACCAGUUGUUAUUGUCGGUAUUGUUGUCCUUUCAGUGACAAUCACGGUUUGUACAGUCAUUUUAUUGGGAUUUUGUUUGUGGCCGGUUAUUCAAGAAUUGCAAGAAGCUAAACGUUUGAAAGAAAGACAAAAUAAACAGGCAAAUUCAUCCGGUUUUCUCAAUGUUAGAAGUGAACGUAUUUAAUUAUUUUUUAUGCAUUAUGUUUUUUUAUACCUUUUCAUAUGUUAAUAUUUUUGUCAUAAUUAAAUACAAUAUCACGUUUUAGUCAUUGUUGUUGAUUAUGAAAUCAUACGAUUUUUAUUUAUUGAACGAUAUCAUGACAUAUUAAUAUCAUUUAUUAUGAUGAAACGGAAGUCAUUUUUUUAAACAAAUCAACUAUUAAACAAAUAAACAAUGUGUGAACUCAUGAUUGUAAUAGUUAAAAAGGUCAAUGUCAAAUAUGUAUGAGAGAAAUAUUAUUAUUUGAACAUGGAAUAGAAUUGAUUUUUCAAUUGUUGACUGGUUUAACCUUGAACAUAAUACCGUAAUUGCAAGAAGAAUAAUCAUUUAAAGUCACAAAUAAUAGAUUUAAAGAGAGAAAAUUCAUAUAAUAGAUAUAUAUUUUUAAUUCUAAAUUUGAUGAAACAAUAUAUUAUCUUGACAUUUUGUUACGCCGACAUUAAUGUGUGAACGUGCAAGUGAAUUCUAUUUAAAAUUGAUUGCAAGGUUUUCAGUGAGCUACAAUUAUAUUUAAUCAUCGAGACUGCUGUUCCAAUUCAGUGCCAUACAAAUUGUGAGUUUGCAUUGGUGGAAUUUUAAUUCUCUGUACAACUAUAUUUAUCUAUAAAGACUUUUCUUUCCAAAAAAAAUAGAACAAAUAAAAAUACCCAGCUAUUUUAAAUUCAAGACAAAGAUUUUCUUUUAUUGUUUUUGACAUCUGUAAAUCGCGUGUUUAUAAAGAAGUUUAAGAGGAUUAAGUCAAAAACAUCAGAAAGACUCACUUUUGUUUUGAUUGGCUUUGAUAGGGUGCAUACAGCACAGUUCAGUUUUAUGUUUUCAUUCUCAUUAUGAUAUUGGCUGCAUUGAGAGUAGAAAUUCAGGCGAUCAAAGUCUUUGAAUAGUAAUCCUUCUUUACCCUGUGUUUUGUUUCACUUUAGAUUUAUUUGUUAGUACAUUUUUCUGAUUUUCUGUAACCUAACAUUUUUAUGCUUCAGCAUAAAAAUAUCGUCUGAAUUCAUGAAAAAUAAUAUUUUCAUGAGUAACUCGAUACGGUUUAUAUUUAACCAUACUAGAAACUUCUUCUAUAAUUUUGUAUUGUCGGU